AUGCCAGAGGUGGGGCUGGACCGUGCCUUCCUGCAUCGCUGCUGCGUGCAGGUGUCCUCGGCCCUCGCCGACGAGGCCGCGGUGGCGGCGGAGGUGCAGCACACCCUGCGCUUCGUCCGCGACCACGCCUGCGACUACCCGGGCGAGAUCACGCGCGCGCUCAUCUGGCGUGUGGUGGACACCGACAACGACGAGGUGCAGGACCGCUUAGGCGCGUGGUCGGUGCUCAACGCCGUGCUUGCAGAGUGCGCCGACGUCAAGCAGCCGCUCUCCACCACCGCGGUGGCGGAGAAGAUUAGCCUCUUCCUGCCGUACCUCAUCUCCUACCGCUGGUUCUCGCUCCGCGGGGCGGCGCAGGCGAGUGCGGCGCGGGCGCAGUCGACGCUUGCGCUGCUGCGCGAGUACGACAAGGUGGUGCCGGCCUCCGUGCUCACCGGCGACGACCCCCGCCUCGGCGACGCGCGGCGGGAGCGGGAGCUCCAGGCCAACUACCGCGGCUUUCUCGCCACCUGGAAGGCGGUGUGGCGCCACGACGUCUACCAGCGCUUUAAGGAGGCCGUGCGCCAGACGGAGGCCAGCGGCAACCGGCUCUCGCCAAAGGACCAGCCGUACCUCGACAUCCCCGCCACCUUCCGUGAUAGUCUGCGCCGCCUGCGCCGCCGCAACCCGCGCCCCUCCAUAGCCUUCCACGUACUCAGCUGCUACGGGUGGGUGUCGCCCGGCGAGGCCGCCGCGACGCCGCUAGAAACCGGGCCCGGGGCGAACGGCGGCAAUGAGGUCCAACUUAGCAGCAACAACGACUACGCCAAGCGGUGCCCGGCGGUGCCGGCAAGCGUCACGGAGGUUGAGCGGCUCGACCCCGCCGCCCACCCCCGCGUGCGCCAGUGGCUGCGAAAAUUAGUCGAGGCAGGCGGUGGGUGUCGGCUAUGCGAUGUUUGGCAGCACACGGAGGCCCGCUGCCCUUGUGAGCUGCCGUUUGUCAAGGUUCCGCUGCCGGAGGGGGGUUCGCACCUCCACUACCACCGGCGGCGGCGGGUGGAGCGGACUGCCUUGACGUACCUGGAGGCGGUGGAGAAGCUCUUCCGCUACGGCAUCCGGCUGCCGCUCUCGCUAGAGAAGACGCUGGACCGCAUCGUCUCACUCAUAGAGGAGGAGACGUCGUACGAGGAGCUGCUGGAGGCGUUUGACACCGUGCGAGGGGCGGUUACAGGCCCACUGGAGCGCCACGCCCUCUGGCUGCAUGCAAGCUACCGCCUGAAGCCCUCGCGGACCGUCUUUGACAAGCCGAGCGACGACGCGCUUAGUCCCGCCAUGGAGAAGGCAGAGAAGCACUUUAAGACCCACCGCCGCUUCCGCGAGUGGGAUCAGCUGCUGCAGAGCGUUGAAGUGCUCGAUAGCCAGUACCGCCGCGCCGAGCUGGCGCCUGGGCUGCGCCGGGACAUUGAGGAGGUGCGGGAGACAAAGUCCUUCUUUUUUUGCCUCAUCGAUGGGUCCCAAACCGCCGAGUACGCCCCUCAGUCCUACGCCCGUGUGCCGGAGGAGGUGUUGCAGCUGCGGCCGGUGAAGGAUGUCCUGUGCACCGUUUGCCUUGAGCCGUUUCACGUGGCGGCGCGGUGCCCAAAGGGAAGCGAGCCGUGGGACUUGUCCGUGGCCCGUCUCGUGUUGGAGGAGCACAACCUGCUUAGCAUGCGGUUUCCGGAGGAGCGGCACAAGUUCGACAGCGCGCUCCGCAGCAUCGACGAGGAUGACCGCAAGGCGAAGGAGUUCCGAAAGAAGGAGCUCAGCCUCGCUGUCAAACUCGUGCACGAGGGCCGUGUGCCGUACUGUAAGCUGUGCAACAUUUUGGGCCACAGCAUUCGCCGCUGCGAAGAGGGCGCCCGCCGCACCCUGCACCGGCACAGCAUUAAGGAGGUGGACAUGCGGCUCAACCCACACCUUGUGCAGCGAAAACUCAAGCAGCUGCGCGACGCCCACGAGGAACGGGAGGAGCGGUGGCUGGCGGAGGCGUGGGAGCUGCUGGGCAAAGGGCGGAUGUACCCUGACAGUUUCCUCACCGCCAUACGCGAGCUUGAGGACGCCAGAAUUCCGCUCGCGGCGGCGCGCUACAGCACCGACGCGGUUCAGGGUUUUCUGCUCUUUAUUAAGUCCAACGACCUGCUGCAGCACCUGCAGCCGCUGCGCGACGAGCGGUUUCCGGAGGUGUGCCUCUUCUGUGACUCCUACCACCACGGCUCCGAGCUCUGCGACCGCGCCAACGCGGAGGAGCGCGGCUUCCUCACCGAACUGCGGCGCUACGGCCUGACGCUGUGGCAGUACCUCCGCGCCCCGGAGCGCUACGACGAGCGCUUCCCCACGGACUACCCGAAGGGGCGUGAGACGGUGGUGGGGCUGGCGCGCCAGUUCGAGGAGGACUACAGCCCCGGCGGCAUCGCGCGGGUGCGGUUUCUCGAGAACAACGGCCUGGAGGGGGGCGACACGACGAGCCCGGUGGCCGGCGGCGGCGCGGCGUCGCGCGGCAGCUCGCAGCGCUCCUUCUACGGCGGCUCCUCCUACGGCAUGUCCUUCUCGCGGCUCGUCCUGCGCCCCUGCGAAAACGAGGCGGAGGCGGGGCGUCCAUGCGGCGGCGUGGCCAACGGCGCCCCUGCGGCGGGCCCUCUCGCCGGUACCCUCGGCGGCGACGCGAAGGCCGCGGCGGCGGGGGCGUUCCGCGAGACAACCGGCGGCCACGGCGGCAAACGGGGCCGCGAGGAGGACGACGACGACGACUCGGCGCUGAAGUCCGGCAGCGGCAGCGGCGCGGAGGAGCCCGGGGACGUCAACGGGGUCGGCCACGCGGCGCAGCGCUUCCGGGUGGAGGCGCCGGGGCGGGAGGCGGAGGCGUGA